GUUGGUAAGGUAAUUUGUCAGUUGGUUUGAUAGAAAUUGUUGGUCGUUCUGUGUUUCACUCACGUCAUCGUUUUCCCAAGCACAUACACACAAAAAAGUGCAAAAAGUAUUUGACAACGAAAAUGGCCAAUUUCCUAAUCAAGAGUUUAGCUUUCUUGGACAUGUGCACAGCAGUUGUGGUUAUCAUCUUCCAAAUAAGUACUUUGGCCCGCUACUCGUCACAGCCAGAAACGGGCGAUUUAGAAAAAGUGGGAGCUGGAAUUUGGGCUGGAAUCAGCUUUAUGAUUACGGGCAUCGUCUUCUGGCGAUCGGCCCACAAAGAAAAAUUGGCGCGUGUUUACAAUCAAUGGGAGGUGGCCACAGCUUUGAUCUCAUUCUUUUGUGCGAUCGCACUGAUUGGCGUCAUGGCUGCUAAUAUUGAAAGAAUUGAGGAAGACUGGUAUUGCCUCUAUCGGUUUGUCCGCAGAGACCACUGCACAGUCCAACACGCUCUCGAUGGCGUAAUACUUUUCGGUGGGUGUUUGGCAUGUGUUAUCAACGGAGCCCUGAGCUUCAUUUCUUGCUACUGUUACAACUGAGACCACCAAAACCGGUAUACAAUUUAAAACACCAACAUGCCAAUUUUUUUUUUUUAAAGAAAACAAUGGAGCCAAAUGAUUCAACAUAAACUAUUUUUCGUUAACGUACGGAUUCCCACGAAAGGUUCUUUUUAUCACAGUGUUUGUACCCGUAACACCUGUCAUCUGGGUUGCAUGGAUUGUCAUAAUACAUCAUACACAAUUACCAAAAGAAA